GCUCUCUAAUUCUUUUGCUCCAUUCUUCUCUCUCCCCCUCUCUCUGUAGAAGAAAGUUUCAUACACAGCAACAGACUCAGCAACAGUUUCCAUCUCUCUCUCUCUCUCCAUAUGUCUUUCUCUGUUUCUUUACCUCCACAAACACCAAAACCUGUUCCAGAUCAUCCUCGUCCUCCUUCUUCUUCAUGGCUUCGGUUAUUUGCUCUCCUGAGGCGGUUCCUGCGUGCCAAAACGGCCCGGAAGCGGCCAAAGCAAUCCAGCCUUGCCGGCCGCUCAGCGAGUCGUCGUGGAAUCGAUGACAAAGGCCAUGUUGAUCGCAGAGGGACCACUGAGACUGAAGACGGUUCGGCCACGUUGCAGAGAGCAGUGAAGAGAAUCCACUUCGGGAGCAUGGAGGAGCGGCGGGCCGCGGCGGCGGAGAUCGAGAGGUUGGCGAGGGAGGACACGAGGGCGAAGAAGCUGAUGGCAGAGCUCGGGGUCGUACAGUCUCUGGUGGCCAUGGUUGGAAUCAAUGGAGAUUGUGCGCGACGAGGAGCGAUUCGAGCUCUGAUUGAGCUUGCCAAUGGAAAUCACAUGAACAAGGCUCUCAUGGUGGAAGCAGGAAUCUUUCAGACACUGCCAAGCAGCAAAGACGCAGUGGACGAACAGACAAGGCACGAAUUCGCGGAGCUGCUUCUGUCGCUGUCGUCCCUGAAGGGCGCCCACUUGCUGCCCCCUCUCGAGUCGUCCCGGAUCAUACCCUUCGCCUUGUCCGCUCUCGAAUCGUCCGGGUCGAGGCACGAGACGAAGGAGUCGUGCUUGGGGGCCCUGCACAACCUGUCCGCGGCCCUGGAGAACGCCUCGAAGCUGGCCUCGAACGGGGUGGCGGAAGCGCUCCUGACGGCGGCGUCGGCAUCGAAGGAUCUGGCGGAGAAGGCCCUGGCCGCGCUGGCCAACCUCGCCGUCACCUCGCCGGGGAAACGGGCCUUGGAAGAUAGCCCGAUGGUGCCGGAGAGCUUGAUCGAGGUCCUCACGUGGGAAGACCGGCCCAAAUGCCAGGAGACCUCGGCCCACAUCCUGAUGAUCCUGGCUUACCAGAGCGCGGCCCAGCGGUCUAAGAUGGCGAGGUCGGGGAUCGUCCCGGUCCUCCUCGAGGUGGCCCUGCUGGGGAGCGCGCUGGCCCAGAAGCGGGCCCUGAAGAUGCUCCAGUGGUUCAAGGACGAGCGGCAGACGAAGAUGGGCCCGCACUCGGGCCCACAGGUGGGGAGGGCCCCGAUGGGCUCGCCGGUGCAUUACCGGGAGGCCCGGGAAGGGAGGAAGAUGAUGCAGGGGCUGGUGAAGGAGAGCCUCCACAAGAACAUGGAGAUGAUCACAAGGAGAGCGAGUGGCGCCCCAGGCUCUCCGUCGGGGCUCAAGACCUUGGCCAUUAGCACAAGCUCAAAGAGUUUGCCCGGAUCUUUUGAAUAAGCAAAGAAGCCCCAAAAAAAGAAAAAAAAAAGAGGAAAAAAAGAUACCAUAUGGUCAAAAUACAUGAUGAUUUUGUCUUGUA